GUUUAAAAGCUCUCCCUCCUCUGUGUAUUAACACAGACUCUUGCUCUUUCAGCGAUGACAUUGUAUGAAUAAUUUGUCGACGUAGUUUCAAGGGUCACCUGUAAUUUUUCAUCAUGCUAGUAUGGGCUUUGAACUCAAUCAAGAGAACCAGCGUCAGUGAAAGUUUGGGGCUGCCGAGGUAUGCUGCUCCAUUUAAUCUAUAUGGACCAAAGUCCUCGCUUACACGUGUGUGAGGAAGUGUCUAAAUAUACAUUCCCUGUCCGCCUAUAGUAACCCUCCCACUUGAGUGGGUUGUAAGACAUUCCGUGUUUCGCUCUUCUGUCUGUUUAGUGUGUAUUGAAAAGAGGACGGCCAGAAAAUCUAUAGACUACUGUCUGCUGGACUGAGUCAUUGGCAAUUCGCUGUGCCGGGUACCCGCGCAUACCUACAGUACAUACACACCCAUGCGGUUUUAUAAACUUAAUUUGUUAGCCAGCUGGCUAGCUAACCUUCGAUUAUUAUAUACAUACCUAUGUUUACGAACAGUUUAAAGUGCUGAAUUGUAGUUUGGAAACAUUAUAUAAGUUGUGUGAUCUCACCUUUUACCAUGCGCACGGGAUGUUUGUAGAUUGAAUUCUUGACUGUCGUGUUUUAUAAGUGUGUUUGGACGUUUCCUUCGAACUUUUUUCACAAGAUCUGCCUUCCAUUAUAACCUUUUCACCAUGAAUCUGGAGAUGUUCAAUCAAAUUGCUUCGAUUACAGACCACCUGUACCUAAGCAGUGCAGCGGCGGUCAAGCCGGACAGAAUCCGGACUGUGGGUAUCACUCACAUCAUAAACUGUACGUUGGAGAUCCCCAACCUCAACCUGCCUACCAUUGAAUCCAUCCAGAUACACGUUGAGGACGCGCCACACGCGCGGCUCUGUGUUUACUUCGACAGGUGCGCUGACAAAAUUCAUCAAGUCCAUAAACGUGGCGGAAGGACAUUAGUGCACUGUGUAGCAGGCGUGAGUCGGUCGGCUAGUCUGUGUAUUGCUUACCUUAUGAAAUAUCACAGGUUGAAUUUGUCGGAGGCUUACUAUCACGUGAAGAAACGGCGCCCUGUGAUUCGUCCGAAUGCAGGAUUCUGGAAACAGUUGGUUGACUUUGAACAAAAGCUGUUCGGACGAAACUCUGUCAAAAUGAUACAGUCUGGCAUCGGGCUGAUCCCGGACGUGUACAAGGAUGAGACGAGGAACAUGGUUUGGUUUCCUUCCUCUCAUUCCCAUUCUCGUCGCCCUCGUUACACUUACUGACCAAACGAACUUUUUUAGAUUUUGUUUUAUUUUUGUUGUGUUAUAUUAAGUUAUAUGUCUUAUCUAGUUAUAGAAUCGAAAAUCGAAAAAGAACAACAGGAACUCAUUCCUGACAGCCUGCUGAAUUGGUUUACGUACAAUGGAAGCAGUGCUUAUAUCAUUUUAAUUUUCUUUAACAUCGAUGAUUUUCAACGUCUAACACUUAAAAAAAAUUGAAUACCGAUUUACUCUUAGGAUAGAUUGCCAAAUUAUAUGACCAGUAUUUAACUAUAUACUAUGUUACAAAACUAAAUUUAGAAUGAUAUCUGAGUUGAUUUCAAAUGCUUUUAUUUUGAAAUAUACAAAUUAUUUUGAAGUUUGGUCAUAAUAACUUUUUCGAAAUUGCGUUAUUGAUCACUCUCGCUCAGUAAAACAAUAAAAAAAAAUAGGGCAUCGUAUUAUAGUUUUGAAAAAAAAAAAUGAAAAAAAAUCGAGUUGAUGUUACCGUUCAGAUUUUGCGAUUGAUUUGUUAUGAUGUUUUAUUUUCUAAUGAACUCCAAAUGAAUAUUUUAACAAGUUCAUAUUUUUUAUACUAAAAUCUCUAUUAUGUUACACAUGGUUGGUUUUCAUCCUAGUUCUAUCACAUUAGCCGUUUGUUACUGUUAUUUUAUAUCUGUAUAUAUAUGUGCGUAUUUAGUAAACGUGCCAGGAAUAUUUGUCCGGUUAAUCGUUUACUUCUAGGUAUGCCAGGUGACGUGUAGGGUAUGAUGUCACGCGCAAUGCAUUGUGUCGUCUUCAAUAAAUAGAAAUCGAGGCAUAGGCCAUCUCCAUUUACAGUUAAUGACCUUUGAAGUUCAAAGGUCAAGGUCAUAUUGAAAGCUCCUUGCAUCAAUCAUUGGUGGUUGAUGUCUGCAACAUUCUGCUAUUUUUUUAAAACUAUUUCGAUCGCUUAAAGGUGUAUGCUAUCUUACACUUUAAAACCUUAAUGUGUGCUAUUUAUCUCCCUUUAUUGUAUUGUGGUACGCAUUUCUAAAGGGUCGUUAUCAAAUAUCAACAUUUAUAAAAGAUAGCUUUCACUUUUCCAAUUAAGCAGGUACGUUUUUCCUAGAAACGUUCUCAAAAAAUACCAUUUGGUCGGUACUAUACAGAUUCGUGUUAUCCUUCUGUUGCUGGUUAGCUUGUCAAGUGGUAUGUGAAGGUAAUAAGGGUCUGCUAAUGGUAAAUGAGCUUGCAAAUGUAUAUAGAUACCAAUAUUCUUUUUAAUAUACUCUUUUCGGUUAAUCUUGCGUUUAGAAACAAAAAUCAAAAGGUAAUAUUCAGAGAGAGUUAUACAGAUGUUGCCAAUGGAUCUCCCAAGCUGAAUAACAAAAACAACGAGUAAGAUUAAAGAUAACCUGCCGUAUGCUUACUUCAAAACAUGUCCAUUCAAGGAUUUACGUUUGGUAGGUUUCCUUCGAUUCUAACCAAAAUAUGUUUUAAUUGUCUUGAUUACCGCAAACAAUGAUCCAGUGUUUGUACUUUCAGGAACCCCCAAAGAAGGAACCGUGUAUAAAGAAACACAUACCAUUAACAAAAAAGGGGAAACGCAAA